UACCCGUUACAGAGCAGGACUCUCUCUCUCUCUUAGCUGUCUAUUCAAUCUUGGGAGUUUCCCGCUACUCCUCCGUCAUCGUCUCACUCAAACUCUUCCUGCUUUCUCGCCACCGUUUAAACCCUAACUCCGCAGCUCCAUUCUUCUGUCUGAAUUCUGAUCACAACCUCUUUCUCUCUCUUACGCAUCGUGGCAAGUAUUUCUCUGCCUCGCUGCAUUGAAUAUCAGUUGUGCAUGGUCUCAUUGCGAUAGUUUCCGUGCUCGUUCGGCUGGUAAACUGGCUGUCGGUGGCCGAUUGGAGCUCGAUGAAUCGCCAUUUUUCAGAUUGAUAGGUCACUGGCAAGGAAGUCAUGAUCCAAGUAAAAAAGGAAAUACGCACUCCAGAGUCAAUAAAAGAAGUUGGAUUUGCUUCAUAUUCAUCAUUUUCUGACAGCAGUUCUGAUGCUGUGACUCCAAGAUCUUCCUCUGAUUCUGGUUUAAGUGUCCCGGGAUGUUCCCAUCCGACCAAACGUUCCUCCCAAGCAGGCUGGACGGAUGAUGAGGAUAAACGGCUUACUGAAGUAGUGCAGAGGUUCAAUGGGAAGAACUGGAAAAAAAUAUCUGAAUGCAUGCCUGGAAGGACAGACGUUCAGUGCUUGCACCGUUGGCAGAAGGUUUUAAAUCCAGACCUCAUAAAAAGCCCUUGGACAAAGGAGGAGGAUGAUCGUGUUAUUGAGUUCGUUGAGAAGUAUGGUAGUAAGAAAUGGUCAUUUAUUGCAAAGUUUGUACAUGGUCGAAAUGGAAAGCAGUGCCGAGAAAGGUGGCAUAAUCACUUGGAUCCGGCAAUUAAAAAAGAUGCAUGGACUAGAGUAGAGGAAGAAAUUCUAAGACACUACCAUCAAGUACUUGGUAACAAGUGGGCAGAUAUUGCGAAAUUUCUCCCUGGAAGGACUGACAAUGCUAUAAAAAAUCACUGGAAUUGCUCGGUUAAGAAGAGACCUGAUUUGAAUUCGCCUCCUAUCUUGGCGGAAUUGCAGGGAAGUUCAUAUCUGAAUGCCUUCAACAACGAAGAAAAACUGCGAGCUGAAAGUGGUACAAUAUUGCCUAAUUCAGACCAGAAAAAGGUCACUCGGAAGAUCGAUGAUUCCUGUUCAACAAUCAUGGCCCUUGGCAAUACUAAAUUUCCUGCAGAUCAUGCACAGGCAAAACCUGCACUGCUGGAUUCUUUCAGAUCAUCUGAGAAAUUUACAGUAAACGGCAUUCAUUUUGGUUUGCCACCCACUAAUAUAAGUGGCAGUUGUUUCAAUGCCAGCAGCAAUAAAGUCGGAUCCUGUAAGCAGUCAACCAACUCGUUGGAUAAUGUUAGAACAGAUGAUCUGGAUGACGUCCCUGCAAAUGCAAAAGCAUUUACAUCUCCUCAGAGGUCUAGAGAUAGCCCAUGUGUAACAGAUGACAGGUGCGAUCAUUCACCUGUUGAUACUGUUUUAAGUCUGUGA